AUGGGCGGCUGUGAAAGCUGUGCCAGUGGCCGUCGGAAGGAGGUUGAGCGGUUGAUCGAUGAUGCCAAGCGCCACGGCGACUGUCGCAACCUCCGAGAUGCCAUCCGCCAGGCAGAGGCGGAAGGAAUGGAUGUGCUGGCCGCCAGGCAGCUCUAUGCCGAGAUGGCCAAGCAGGAGCGCCAGUCUCCAGAGCGCGCCCAGGAAAUGCUUCGAUGGGCUGCCUCCACUCAAGAUGGCGUGAUCCUUCGUCAGGUCAUCCAGGAGGUGGAGACCUUGUGUCCAGAUUCUUUGUCCCUGGUGCCGGCAAGGAAGCGCUUGCAGGAGUAUCAGGAAGAGAUCAAGCGGAAAAUUUGCCGCACUCAGGACACGCAGAAGUUGUCCUUGUUCUUGGAUCGAGCCAGGCAAAUGGGCAUCCCCUCGGCGGAGCUUGGUGAACACUUCCGCCGAUUUGAGGUGUCCCUGCAAGACUUCCGCAAGAUGACAGGGCACACAGCCGUGGGCGGGGCUUGCCUGUCACAAGGCUUGCUGCCUGGCUGUGAGGAACCCACAAUCUCAGAGUGGUCUCCAUUUGCGUUGGGAAAUCCACGGAUUGAAACCGUGAAGGACUUGAUUUCCUCCAAGAGCAAGGGAGGCAUUGGUGCACCAUGGGCAGAGGAUCGUGAUCGACCCAUCGCUGGCAUUGAUAUAGCCGAGAAAGGUGGCUCCUACUCUUCCUAUUCCAUGCUGAUGGAUCACAGGCGAAAGCACGCACGUUGUCCGAACAGCCCUGGCGUGAUGUUUGAUCAGACACGGGGUCCUCCUAUCACCUCGUACGACCAUGGCUUCUAUCCUGCAGACCUUCGACCACCCAGGUACCCCAUCUCUUCCACAUGGAUUUCCAGAAGCGCUUCUGAGCUUCAGAAAACCAUGAAGAACUUGGGCAAAGGUCGCUAA